AUGUCAACUUCAAAGCUUUGGCUUAACCCUCCUCGUGGUGGCGGUGUUGUCUUUGUUGAGCCCACUAUUAACAAUACAGCCUAUUACAAAUGGGGUAAUCACAGGCAAAGAGUGUGGAGAUUCCCACAAAAUACUGCAACAGACCUUCACCCUAUGGCUCGUCAUUGGCUUAUGGACUAUACUUAUGGAAAAGGCCUCAUCGUUCAUCAGCGCUCACAUUAUACUUUGAACCAGAACUAUAUUAGGAAACCAUUCACAAAAGAGUGGUUACAAGCUAUUUAUUGGAAGCAAGCUCCUGGAAAAAUUUAUUUGAUUCCUUGGCUUUUGUUCAUAUACGGAGCAGGUGCUUGUGGCAUGAGAGCUUAUGACAACUCAGCUUAUGAUUACUUUUAUUUCACUGAUUAA